GAAAAAAAAGAUGAUAUUAUUGCCGAAAAUGAAGGAGCAGUGGCAAUUUUAGAUAUUCACCCGGUCAGCGAUGGGCAUACUUUGCUUAUUACUAAGGAGCAUUUUGCCAACAUUACCGAAAUUAACCAAGAAAGUGGUGUACCCAAAGAUGGCCCUAGUGCCGGAACUGCUUUAACCACUGCUAUUAUUUCGGCUUUAACUAAGAAAGCUAUUGGGCAAAAUAUCGGAAUGACUGGUGAAAUUAGUUUGCACGGACAAGUUUCCGGGAUUGGUGGAUUACGAGAAAAAGUUAAUGCUGCCCACCGGAAAGGAUUAAAAAAAGUUUUUGCUCCUUUGGGCAAUGAAAAGGAUUCAGAAGACAUUUCGUCCGAGGUGAAAAGUAAAGUGGAAAUCAUCUGA